AUGGGCACUUCAACUCUUCUCUCCACCGUUUUAGCCUUAGAGCUGAUGCAACUUGCCAGUGUGGGUUCCCUAAUGGAACAGUGGAGCAUUUUUCGAUGGAAUGCCUGCUUGCGAACCAGGAGAAAAAAAAUUCAAACUCACAGUGCUAGUGGCUGGUGUGGAAUGGUCCUGAGAGUUAGAGUUCAUGACAAGAACCGAGGUCAUUUUCAAGUGCUAAGUGUAUUUUCUCACAAUACACUUAGGUGGGCUGAUGAAGGGUUACCUUGUUAG